ACUACGUCGGUACCAGCUCCUAGGAUCAAAUGAUGGAGACACCAGAGAUAGGACAAGCUUUUGUGGCACACAAGUGGUUCAAAUAUAGAGACUUAAACCCCUGUGAUGGUGUUCCAGGCUUUCGACGGAGUCCAGCACUGGCAUGCACAAAGGUCACAAAGCCACCUUACAGCAACUAUCGUGUCCAACUCCGAGGCGCGAAAGGCGAGAAUGGGUAAUGGUACCAUCCUUGCUAGGCCCCAGCACAUUGACACUGGACAUGUGGCUGGCCUUUUUGACACACACUCCAGCACGAGCCGUCCAAGUCAGCGUACCAACGUAGUCGGGGAGUGUGGACUAGAAGCCAUACACUUGUCCAAAUCCCUUCAGCUUUUGAUCAAAAACCA